AUGGCCAAAUCUAACCUAUUCAUCAUUGCCUCAGUCCUCCUUUGUUUCUUCGCCUUCUUCUGUUCUGUUAAUGGCCAAAAGGAAGAAGAGCUGGUUGUGCAGGGCUCAGUUUAUUGUGACACAUGCGACGUUCAAUUUGUCACCCGGCUCAGCGAGCCCAUGGCUGGUGCGACCGUACGCUUGCGGUGCAUGGACGCUGAGAACCCAAAGAACAUAACGUUGGACAAAGAGGGGACAACGGACGAGAACGGAGUGUACAAGAUCGUAGUGGACGGCGACCACGCCGAGGAAGUGUGCGAGGUUGUGCCGAUAAAGAGCAGCAAAGAAGAUUGUGCAGAGUGGGACGAAGCCAAACACCUGCAACAAUCUGCAAAGAUCAGUAUCACCAACAAGAAUGGCAUGAAAGCAAGGCUUCGCAGUGCAAGCCCUAUGGGUUUCUCAAGGAAGCAACCUCUUGCUGAGUGCGCUGAGGCUCUCAAAGAGAUUGGAUUGAAGCCUGAUGGCACCCCUUUAGAUGAUAAAUAA